AUGAGUAAAAAGCUCAAGGAGCUGGUGUCCCUACUCAAGCCGUCGGAGGUACGCCUGCUGAAGGAGGAGUUUGCACUUCGCGACACGCACAACGGUGGCGCCAUCAGCGUGGCCGACGCCAGGCGCGUGGUGCACGAGUGGCGAGACCACAUGGGUCUGACCACCAGCGUGGAAUUUCUUGUGGAUCGUAUUCGCGCCGCCAGCGACCAUCCGGAUCCCGACCGGCACCUCGGUGACGUCGAUAGGUUUGUGACGUGGAGCCGCUUCCUGUGCGUCAUGGCGCUUCCGGUGAUCGCGGCGCGGCCCAACACCUGGGGUGGUUCCGACUACGUCGCCUUCCUGGAGGACGACCACAUCGGCCUCCUCGGCUCGAUGCGCUUCCCGUUCGACGGUGCCUCGGAGUCCAACAAGAGCCCGGGAGCAACCAGCGCCGAGUCCGAUGACGAGGACGACUGAGGACGGCGCAGCACCAGCGACUGUCUUAAAUUUCGCGUCUCGUGCGGCACUAUAGGGAGAUUUUC